AUGUUUCAACAACCUGUCAGUUAUCAACAUACAAAACAAGAAACGGGAACAAUGUCGCUCAGCGAUAGGUUCACUUUAAUUAAAUUGCAAAAACGUGAUAUUUCUAAUGAUAAAUCGGUUAAUCGAAAAUGGAACCGGGAAAAACUUCAAAAGAACUUCAGGGUUGGACAAGGAAUAGAAAGUCGAUCCGUCUUUAGUCGAAUCGGUGCCGUCACAUCAUCUACAUUUUCUAUCAACCAUAAAAAUCUAAAUGGAUGUAUGAAUACGGAAGAGAUUCAGGAUUUCGGAUCAAUUAUUGAUGUUGGAAAUAAGAAAAUGAAUGGAAAUAGAUCAAAUCAUGUAGAUUUUAAUUCAAACCUUUUUGUCAUUCAUGAAGAAGAUGGUACGUAUUCUGAAUUAAAGUUGGAAUUUGAAGAAGAUAAUAAGGAAAAAGUAGAGGUUUUGGCACCUAAUUUUCAACUUGAUCCAGCAACAAAGAGAAUAUCAAGGAUAUUACCAAAGAAAAGAAAGUUUACUGUGGAUAUAAAUGAACUCGAUAGAGAACUUGAAGAAUAUAUGAUUGCGGCACCUCGCAAAACACCUCCCAUUCCUCCUCCAGAUAUAAAGAAUAAUAUAGAUGAUGAUUUAAUCGAUCUGAUCGACUUUGAUAUUGAUUUUAUGGACAUGGAUGCAUGA